GCCGCCGGGACCAGCCUCCAGCGCCGCCCGCCCGGACGCGGCUGCCGCCGGCGGGACGAGGAGCCUGGCCGGUCGCACCAUGAGCAGCGUCCCCGCCGACCGGGAGAGCGGCCCCGCCGACACCGGCCUGCCAGAGGAGGAGGUGAGGACACUCUUUGUCAGUGGGUUGCCUCUGGACAUCAAGCCCCGAGAACUUUACCUGCUGUUCAGACCCUUUAAGGGGUACGAAGGGUCUCUCAUCAAACUCACCUCCAAGCAGCCCGUGGGCUUCGUCAGCUUUGACAGCCGCUCCGAGGCGGAGGCAGCGAAGAACGCGCUGAACGGCAUCCGCUUCGACCCCGAGAUCCCGCAGACGCUGCGGCUGGAGUUUGCCAAGGCCAACACCAAGAUGGCCAAGAACAAGCUGGUGGGCACCCCGAACCCCAGCACCCCUCUCCCCACYGCAGUACCUCAGUUCAUCGCCCGGGAGCCCUAUGCGCUGGCUCCCUCCCUCCGAGGCUGGUUCUCAGGGCUGGAAGUCCCGUCAGUUCUGCUGAAUACCGGGUCUCAGGUGUGUGAUGGUGGCCUACAGUCAGUCUUGUGGGUAUUARUGGAGUCUUCCAAGGCGGCUACUGGGUUGGUGUGCUCUCCACAGGACCACAGUGUGCUGGUAAGGACACGGCCCCGUGGCUYGGCUGCUUUGGGAAGGGGGCAGAGGAGUGAGGAAGCCAACACAAGUUCCCCRAGGGAACGUGCAGGGAACAGGCCUGGAGGUCGACACGACCCUGGGGCUGCUCCUGCCUCUGCCAGAGAACCACGGCUCUGCCAUUGCUGCCUUUAUCGCCGUUAUCUGGGGUGA